AUAUAUACAUAUAUACAAACAUUUUAAAACGUUUAUAGAAUUAUUUCUGUUAGAAUUUGAUACAUUUGAUGAAUCUUGAAUAUAAUAAUAAGACAAUUGGUCUGAAAAACAAAGCAAGAAAAUAAUUAUCAAAAUAUAUAUGUAAACAUCUCUGUAUGCAGAUGCAAAAAUAUUCCAUAGUUGAAUUUAAUGAUGAAAAUACCGUUGAAAUUAUUCCUUCUUCUUGGAUAUCAUUUGAUAAAAAAACUACAUUAUGGCCCAAUACUAUAUCUCCUGCCAUUCUAAAGAAAUAUUUGAAAAAUAAUACUCAGCCCAAUGAUGAUUGGACUUCUGUACAUAUAAGAGUUUUAGGACAUGCAGAUAAUUUAACUGAAGCCAUGAAAAAAGCGGAAAGAGCACAAGAUACGUCUCAGUUAAGUAGUAGUGAUGACUCUACUUCUGAUACAACAAAUACACGACAGAAGAAAUCCCAACAUAAACAUCACAAUUUGUCUGAUAAAAAAAAUGAUUCUUCAGAAAAGCAGUACAAAGUAAAUUCAGAGGAAAAGCAAUUCUUCUGA